UUUACCAUGUGGUACAAAACUCUUUGCUUUGGAUUUUUUGGUAUUCUAUUUGCUUAUUGUAUUUAUUUACCUCUUCCAGAAAAUGUUGAAGAACCUUGGAAAGUGAGAUUCAUUGAUGGUGUUAUAAAAAUGACUUCACUUGUGGCCACAUUAUUUGAAGAAAUAGGUCUCAUGAAAUAUGACGACGUAUUUUUAACUUCAACAUCAGUUUUCCUUACAAAACCAGUUUCAGAUGAAAACAUAACAGUGAUUGACACAAACUUCAGUGACAUUCCUGUUCGUCUGUACUUGCCAAAAAAGAAGUCUGAAAUACUGAGACCAGCUAUCAUUUACUUGCAUGGUGGUGCAUUUGUCUUGGGAAGUUGCAAGAUUCAGCCCUAUGAUGACCUGAACCGAUGGACAGCAAACAAACUUGAUGCUGUUGUUGUGGGAAUAGAGUACAGGCUUGCUCCUCAGUAUAAAUUCCCAGCUGCCCUUGAAGACUGUGUUCUUGUGGUCAAGUUCUUUCUCCAGGACAAAAUCCUUGAAAAGUAUGGAGUAGAUCCUGCUCGCAUUUGUAUUUCAGGAGACAGUUCUGGGGCUACGUUGGCAGCAGCAGCAACUCAAUUGCUCCAGAGUAAUUCAGAGUACAAAGAUAAAAUUAAGGCACAAGCCUUGCUAUACCCUGGACUACAGUAUAUUGACAGUUUGAUGCCAUCCUAUCAAGACUAUGAAUAUGGUCCCAUUCUGUCAAGGAAGAUGACAUUUAAGUUGGCAAUGUUAUACCUGUCUGAAGACACAGCCCUGAAAGAAGCUAUACUGAGAAAUGAACACAUGCCUGAAGGAUCAAGACACCUGUUCAAGUUUGUUAACUGGAGUGACUUUCUUCCUGACAAAUAUAAAAAGAACCAUAUUUACACUGAACCAGUUCUUGGCAAACUAAAGGCUUCCUAUCCAGCACUCUUAGAUAGCAGGCUGUCCCCUUUGCUAGACAGUGACUCCCAGUUACAGAGUUUGCCACUGACCUACAUCCUCACUUGUGAACAUGACAUUGUAAGAGAUGAUGGAUUUAUUUAUGUUGCACGGCUUAGAAAUGUUGGAGUUCAAGUUACUCAUGACCACAUAGAGGAUGGAAUUCAUGGAGCCCUAACAUUCACCAUAGCACCAACUUAUUUACAUUUAGGAUUAAGAAUAAGAGAUAAGUAUAUUAAUUGGUUAGAAAAAAAUUUAUAAAUCAAGUGUGCAUGUACAUAGGUAGUCAUUAGUAAUUUUAGCUAAAGUUUAGUCAACAUGAUUAUACCUUGAUUUUUAGAUAAGCCAAAAUUUAGUUUAGUGCAAAGAUCAUUGUGGUUUCUGAUCUGAUAUAGAAGGACUCUGAAGGGACAAGAGCCCCACAAAGAGACCAACAAAGCCUAAAAAGUUGGGCCUAGGGGUGACUGCAGAGACUAAUGCAUCAAUUAAAAAUCAUGCAUAGAGAGGAUUAAGACCCCUUGCUAAGAUGUAGCCCAAAGACUACUCAGUGUCCAAGUGGGUACCCUAAAAAGGGGAAAAGAGACAAUCUCUGACAUGAACUCUGUUUCCUGUUCCUUGAGUGCUUCUUUCUGGUGGAAUGACCUAGCCAGCCCACAGAAGGAAGAUCCAGGCAUCCCUGAUGGGACCUGGAAGGCUAGGAUCAGAAAGUAGGGGAAG